AUGGCCAAUGGUCGUAUAUAUCACAAGGCCUGCUUUCGAUGCCACCAUUGCCAGAAUACCCUCAAGCUAAGUAACUACUGUUCUAUCGAUGGGGUGCUCUAUUGCAGACCACACUAUGAUCAACUCUACAAGAGAACUGGAAGCCUGCACAAAAGCUUCGAAGGAGACCCCAAAAUCCAGAAACCAGAAAAAAUUGAGAAUGAGAAUGCCAAAACAGUGGCAAAAGCGUUUGGGGGGACAAAAGAUAUAUGCAUGUGUUGCAAAAAGACAGUGUAUGCCACUGAGAAGGUUACGGUUAACGGGACUCCCUAUCACAAGGCCUGCUUCAGAUGUACCUAUGGAGGUUGUACUAUAAGCUCAUCAAAUUUCGUUACACAUGACACAAAGCUCUACUGCAAACAUCAUCACAUUCAACUUUUCAAAGAGAAAGGGAACUACAGUCAGCUUGAGACUACUGAAGUUUCUGCUUAA